AUGGGAAAAAAAAAUUCAUCGGCGAAAAAUGAUCGAACCCGGGCCGCCCGCGUGGCAGGCGAGCAUUCUACCACUGAACCACCGAUGCGUGUCCAAAGUGUCUACACCCUGCAGGAAACACCACAUAUUCAGAGGUCAAAAAGAGGGAACAACAUGGCAGAAACUCCGUAUAAAACAUUGCAUCGGCCGGGAAUCGAACCCGGGCCGCCCGCGUGGCAGGCGAGCAUUCUACCACUGAACCACCGAUGCGUGUCCAAAAUGUCUACAGCCCUGCAGGAAACACCACAUAUUCAGAGGUCACAGGAACAGAUGGGAACAACAUCAGAAACUCGCGUAUAA